UCUCCCCGAGCUUAUCAUAUCUUCUUUCACAUUCCCUUGUUAAUGCUGAAGAAUUUGUCGUUCACAUGGCCGGAUUUUUAUUCUUAAUGUUCCAGCCAUCGACUGGUCUGAUUACCCCUCCAGUCACCCGUUUCUAGGCCCCCGAUCGACGACGUGAGCUAUCUCUCAGUGAAAAGUCAUUACACUGCCCUCUCAGCCUGAUUGGAUACAUCCUGUCGAAGUCGCAUCCUCUGCUUCAACUUACUCUAAAUACCCUCUUCAUUGUUCCGCUAUGGGAAAUACUGCUACCAAAGAGGCAAGGCCCCCGGUGGGAACAUCCGGGCGAAAUGGCCAUGGACGGGGUCCAUCCGGUGGUGCUGUUGCGCUCGGAGGCCUUGGCCGUUUUCAUAAUCAAUCGGAGAGUUCACAACCUGGGGGUUCAUCGAGGCAUUUUCGUGGGAGUCGACCGGAUCUUUCCUUUCUAGGGAUCGGACCAGCGGUCGAUAGAGACUCUUUCGUUGAACGAAAGGAAACAAAACAGGAGAGGGAUGCUAGGCGACUAGCAAGAGAACGUGCCGCAAGGAUUAAGGAACGAGAACGGAGCAUGAAGGAGGAGCACGUGGAUGGUGGCUAUUUGGUGACACAAGGAGUUUAUACUGGUGUUGAGGAUUUCAAUAAGGCAGUUGUGCGUCAAUUAAUGAUUGAGCGAAGGCUUGCCCCGUUUUGGAAGGGUUUAGAAGAGUUUUCGGACUCGUGGACGGAGCACCAACUUAUGGCUGCCGCUAGAGGGCUUCCGAUUCCAGCUCCUGACGAGAUCCCCCCUGAAUUAGAAUAUAAACUCACUCCACCUCGGCUACCAGAGGAUCAGGACUUACCUGACCAAAAUCUUAACAACUUGACAGUUCCCAUCACAUCCAGGUCUCAGUCGUACAAUUCCGAUCUAUCUUCCACUACCCAUCCAGUAUCUCCUUCCAUUUCCCUUCAACCUCAACUUUCCCCUGGCGUUUCUGGUUCUCCAGGUGCACAUCUUUUUCGUGGACGGGCUAAAACUUUAGCAUCCCUGACUGCAUCAUCUAAACAUAGUUCACCAGGCGAAAUGUCCCCUCGAGAGCUACAGCUUCCCGGAGAUCCGUUUGUUAACGGGCAACCUAUUGAGGCGUACCUCUAUAAAAACCCGAUUGAAUGUCCGAUAUGCUUCCUUUACUACCCCCCAUAUCUCAAUAGAACCAGAUGCUGUGAUCAAUUGAUCUGCUCGGAAUGCUUUGUUCAAAUCAAACGCGCCGAUCCGCACCUCCCUGAACACGAACAGCGGGAUCCAAACUCACCAUCCCCUGACCGACCAGACGGACAAUUGAUCUCCGAGCCAGCAGGCUGCCCUUUUUGCGUACAGCCGGAUUUUGGUGUUUCCUAUACACCACCCCCUUUCCGACGGGGUCUUAGCUAUAUCCCCAGCAACAACUUGGACAAGACUCUCCUCUCUCCAGCGUCUUCCACAUCAUCCCUCGUGUCUGGGAAUGCUAAUAGUCAUUCGAUAACCACUCGACGCCGCGCCACUUCUCUAUCUGCAAAUUCUCCGGCUGUUAUUACGACCGACAAAAUUCGGCCCGAUUGGGCUCACAAACUCCAAACAGCACGGGCACAAGCUGCUAGGAGAUCCGCUGCUGCAACUGCGUUGCAUGCAGCUGCGUAUAUCAAUGCAAUGAACAAUCCCAUUGAAACUAGAGGUAUGGGAAGCAGCAGUAGACGUAUGUUGCGACGAACAACUGGGCAUGGAUCGGAUAACUCAACUAACCAAGCCGGCUCUGUUGCUCUCUUGGCGGAGCGACGAGCCAUUGCUGCAGAUCGUGAAAAUGAUUCCCCUGCGGAAAGCACGUCAAAUUUAGCGCCUGCACGUGCAAGCUCUAGACGAAAUCGGAUGGACGAACUUGAAGAGAUGAUGAUGAUGGAAGCCAUAAGACUGAGCCUCGCCUCUGAAGAAGAAAGGCGCAAAAAGGAAGAGAAGGAAGCCAAAAAAGAGGCCAAACGGCGAGAGAGGGAAGCUAAAAGAGCAGAAAAAUUAGCGAGGAAAAAUGGCCUUUACAGCAAUAACCCUAGCUCGGUGGCUCUGGACGCUACUGGAAGUAACACAGCUGUCAGAUCUGGCCGUGAGCUUUCGCCCCCUGUUUCUGUUCUUGAACCAUCGAGCGACAAAGGAAAGGCUAUUGAUCGUCCGGGGUCCUUAUCUGAACCUCCACAUACCGACACCCAAUUACCCGGUCUCCCAAAGCUAAGCUUAAAGACUUCUGAUGAUGACCUUUCUUCCAUCUUCGCCCCUUCAUCAGCCGCAGCAGCAAAGCGAUCGCAUCUCCGACAUAUUUCGAGCUCCUCGUCCUCCAAUUCAUCAUUGGUGGGAUCUGCAUGUGGGGAACUCAUGGGCUCUAGCAGCACACCCAAUUCUAACUCGGCCAUUGAGCCCGUAUUGAAUUUCAGGAGCCUCGAUGCCGUGAUUGACGACGAAAAUACAAAUGGCAGCCGUCACGAACAUCUUGAGGGAGCGACAAAAUUGAAAAAGACCCAGCAGCCAUCCAAUGACAAUGCAAUUUCCCCUCUCCCUAAUCGAGAUCUAGGACUGGGAGUAGAGCCGGGAAGCGUCCAGCAGGCCACUUUGCCUCCACAAGGAGAUCCAAGCAUUAAUAAGGACGAAAAUGACAUUCGCCACAAAGAGUUGCAGUCGCAUACUGUGGAAAUCGUGCAUGGGGGCAAUACGAACUUGGAGACGGUUGGCUAGACAGUCCUCAUAUUUAAUUCUGAAGGUAGAUGUUGUGACGAUAAUUUCUUGUCUCUCAUUCUUCCUAGUCUCUGCUCUUUGCAAACCUCCUCACCCGCAUCCCCAUCCCACCUUCGCCCUUGAUCACACCCUUUUCUUACUAAAUUUCCAACCCUUACAUCUCCAUUCCCCCAUCCCUCCAUUUCACAGGCCCCAUUUUAUGUUACUUUCACGGUAAUGUCCGAAACAAACAACUUAUUCGUCCAUUUAUGUAAAUCGCGAAACUGUUGGCCCCCACCCCUUCUUUUUCCUUAGUUUCAUUUCAUUACUUUUCCUCAUAAGCCACGUCUUUUUCACGAUGUCUACGAAAGUUGUUGGUCAGGUUUGCGUGUCUUUUUUGUUUUUGGUCCAUCUAGCAAUUCCCCAUUGGUACCAUUGUCCAUUGCUUUCGUCUGUUGAUUUUCAGGUUCUAGGCGGCAACGUCCCGAUAUAGUGGCUAUGGUGUCGCCUAUUUCAGUUUUUUCACACCUUUAAAAUCGUGUUACUCAGCUUGUUCUUCUCUUUCUAUUUUGCUAUCUUGUACAUAUACAUAUAUAGACACUGGCUACUAUUCUCGUAUGAAAACCCAAACUUGUUUCUUAU